AUGGCGAUUGCCGGUGACCUCACCUUCAACCCGCUGAAAGAUACAUUGACCAACGAAAAAGGCGAGCAGGUGAAGCUGGAUGAGCCGACAGGCUAUGAGUUGCCUCCGAAAGGCUUCGACGUAGAUGACGCCGGUUACCAGGCUCCUGCUGAAGACGGAAGUAAAGUAACGGUACUGGAAAAUGCACAACGGAUCACAUCUCUAUGGCUGGCCCCUGGUUGA